GCCCUAGUCCUCAAGCCGCCCCUAAAGCAUCUCACUAGCGUCGAUCUUGGCGCCUACACCGUUGCCGACCCGGAGAGCGCGAGCAAGACCUUGCCAUCGUCAACGUCAACCGUCUCUCCGCUGGCUGGCUAUACGCAUUUUCGCCUAAGGUUAGGUAGUAACUGCAUCGUCGAGGUCGGCCCCAGUCUACGGCUGUAGGGGUAUACCCUUAGAACUCUGCUACCGCCCUAGCUCGCCAUCUGUCCCUCGUCUCGGCUUGUCGCUGUGAGCCCUGUCCUACCGACGCAGACGACUAGUAUAGAGAUACGACUCCGUCUCCUCCGCCGUCACCAUGUCGACGAGGAAUCUCCUCAUCUAUAUUCUGCGUCAUGACCUUCGGGUCUCUGACAACCCUAUCCUCAGCCAUCUUGCCUCCACGCCCAGCCACGGAUUCACCCACGUCCUGCCCCUCGUAGUGUUGCUCCCCCACCAGAUCGAGGUAUCGGGAUUUCUCAAGGAUGGAGCUCAGUCACCCUUUCCUGAAGCUAGAAGCCAGGUUGGGCGCUAUUGGAGGUGCGGUCCGCAUCGGACAAGAUUUAUCGCUCAGUCGAUCUGGAAUCUGAAAGACAACCUCGAGAACCUGGGAAGUGGCCUGACGAUUAGGAUAGGGUCUUAUGGCCAGGUACUGAGGACGCUCGUGGACGGCUUGCGGCAGAACGAGCUCAACGUCGGAGCGGUCUGGACCAUAGGAGAGGAGGGCGUGGAGGAAAAACGUGACGAGAAAGUCAUUUUUGAAGCUUGUGCGAGUCUCAAUAUUGAUUUUCGCCUAUGGGAUGACGAGAAGUACUUCAUUGACGAUCGAGAUCUCAAACUAGCUACGCCCGAAGACCUCCCGGACGUUUUCACCACCUAUAGGAAAAUGAUGGAACCGCUUCGAGAGAAACCUCGGGUAAGCUUGCCCCCGCUUUCGAAGGGCACAUUGCCUGGACCCAUUGAGACUUCUAUGAUUCCGGGCCAGGAGGAGCCCUUCGAGAUUCCGUCCUCCUACGAAGGAUUCGAGGAGGUGCUCCUGCGUCCGAUCAGCGAUGUUCUGGAAAACGCCCCGCCAUUUCCCGAAGGAGCCCAGUCGGCUCAUCCACUCCGCGGUGGUGAAGACGGCGCCCAUAGGAGGCUAGAUCACCUCAUCAAAUCAGGGAGUGCGUUCUCGUAUAAGGACACGCGCAACGGGCUCCUAGGCAGCGACUUUAGUACAAAACUAUCCGCUUACCUAGCGCAAGGAUGUAUCACGGCUCGCCAAAUCCACACCAGACUUGUAGCAUAUGAGGACGGGAAAGACGAGGCGCUAGCUCAGUCCCAGGGAUACGGAGAUGGGGAAAACGAAGGAACAAAAGGCAUUCGAUUCGAGUUGCUGUGGCGCGACUAUAUGAGGCUCUGCACCAGAAAGUUCAAGGCAAAGCUCUUCCUCAGAUCCGGGUUCCGAGACGAUAAAUCCAACAAAUGGAAAUCGGCCAAGGAAGACGAGGCUACCGAUGGCCAGCAGCAGUCGGCGGAAGAGGUCUCUAAAAUCAUAAAAAGGGUGUUUGACGGCACUACCGGGAUGGGGUUGAUCGACGCCUCGCAGAGAGAGUUGCUCCAUACCGGCUACACCUCGAACCGAGCUCGCCAGAACGUCGCUAGCUUCCUCGCGAAACAUCUUAGCAUCGAUUGGCGCUACGGCGCAGAAUGGUACGAGAUGUUGCUGGUGGAUUACGACGUUUCGUCGAACUGGGCAAACUGGCAGUAUGUAGCCGGGGUUGGGAACGAUCCGCGAGGCGAGGCUCGAAUUUUCAACCCUGUCAAGCAAGCGUUCGACUACGACAAGGAGGGAGAGUAUGUACGGUGCUGGGUGCCGGAGGUGCGGAAACUCGAGAAACUAGAACACCUCUUCCAGGCUUGGACGACUCCCCAGGAAGAUUGGGACCGCCUAGGGCUGACCGGCCUCGAAAUGGCAGAGGAUCCUAUAAAGAAGAUCGAAUUCUCUGUCGAAGGUAAGCCGAAAAGCUCGAGACGGCCCUUUACGCGCCGGCGCGGUCGUGGACGUGGAGAUGGGGGGAGCAGUCACGUGCCCCCGUCAUCCUCGAAUUCGCAGGUGCCCUCCAACCCAGAUGGCAUCAGCGCAGCCGAGGGAAACGACGGGGCGACCAAUACCAAUACUAAUCCGCAGCGCGGUAACCGUGGCCAGCGCGGCCUGUUUGGGGGUCAUCGCGGAGGCUUUCGCGGUGGGCGCGUCCGCGGCGGUGGUCUCCGUGGUCCGCGAGGAGGAUACCGAGGAGGUCGCGGCGCGCCUGCAACCUACGCGCCUGCAACCUACGGCCAGCCGCCGACGCCUCAACAGCAGCUAACGCCUCAGCAGCAGCAGCCGCCGCCGCCAGCGCCGACGCAGGAAUCAACUCCUGCCGGACAAGAGUAGCAACACUCGCUAGCCCGUGCGCUCUUCGCCCCGCAACCUACCGCCCUUGUCACGCUUGUCACUUCGGUUUUCCGGGUCUGGGCUCCCGAUCAGCGUGGGCCACAUUAUGGAUGCCAUCAACCAAAUAUCCAGUAGCCCGGUUGUUUCCGUUCUCCGGGCCUUGGUUAUCCUGGGCGUGUCACCCGUCGUGGCCGUCUGUUCUCUUGUAGGAAAUAGAC